CGUGUCAUUCGUAAAAUAUACCGAAAACGGCGACUGCUCAGACUUCUCAAUCGGAGCGACCUAACCUCAAAUUCGACUACGACGACUACUCGGACUACUUUGCAGUGACGAGAAUGUUACGUUCAUUAUAUUCUCGUUCGUGAGCGAUAAUUCGCGUUAUGACGGAACCGCGAUAGUCCACGCGUGUUGUGCACGUGAAUAUCAUCCCUGGGAUGAUGGCCGAUCUGGAGUACGCGCGGCUGUACCUCAGCCUGCAGCUCAACGAAGCGGUCUGCUGGUGGUGUUAUUAUAUCCGCGAGAUCUCAUGGCAGUUGUUGAUUGCCCUGCUAGCCUAUCUCUGUGUCUGUGUUUUCCUUUACGCAGUCCUAAAACGGGUGGGUCAUACUGCUUGGCAACUGCCAGGUCCACCUAGUAGGCUUCUUUUGGUCACCGCUCAUCCAGACGACGAGGUGAUGUUCUUCGGACCACUGGUCUAUUGGUUGACCCAUUCCAAAGCCAGCGAGAUCUACCUGCUGUGCUUAUCCAUGGGUGGGGACAGAAGGAGGAUAGACGAGCUGUGGGACUGUACUAAGGUGUUGGGAAUUCCAGAAGCCAAUGUGACGAUUAUUAUGAGUGGCGAGCUGCCAGAUGAUCAAGGCAUACAGUGGCCAACAGACACAGUUGCAGAAAGCAUCUUGCAAUACAUAGAAAUGUAUAAAAUCAACGCUGUCGUGACAUUCGAUAAAUACGGAGUCAGCCGGCAUAAGAAUCAUAUCUCCUUGUAUUUUGCAAUCGCCGCAUUAUGCAUAGAGAAAAAAGUACCUUCUUAUUGCAAGCUGUAUGUAUUAGAAUCUGUUAAUAUAAUCAGGAAGUAUAUUCAAUUCUUAGAUUUGCCCGUCAGCUUACUCUCAGCCUCAUAUUGGUAUCUAGUGACAUACGAGCAGAAACGAACAAUCAAAAGUGCCAUGGCUGCACAUAAGUCCCAGUACGUCUGGUUUCGAAAGUUGUACAUGAUCUUUUCACGGUACACGUUUAUCAACACUCUUCAAGAAGUCAGUGCCCUCGAUCUGGAGCUGGACCUCCAGUUCGACGAGGACUGAACGUUAUGCGACGAACGAAGAAUUGUACAAAAUAUGUAAUUAACGAUCAUUGUACAUACUUUGUCUACCGUAUUAAAUUACAUAACUAUGUACCAAAGCUACAAAAACUAGCUAAUUAAUACGAAAACUUUGGAAUAUAUGCAGAGACAUAUACUUUAUA